CCGGGUGUGCGAGCGUUACCGAUGGGAAGAUGGUGGAAUCUGAAGCAGCAACGUGCACGAUACUCCGUCCCAAACAUUUCCAACAACAUUUACCAUCACAACCUGGUAUUAGAUAUCGGUUACCCGGGGACAACCAUAGAUAAUAUAUACUAAAACUAAGAUAGAAUUUUAAGUAUUAUUUUUAUUGCGGUGCACCUUACAUUGUGGUGCCUGAAACGUGGGGCCAAAUUGCACAUAUCACAGUAUUUUGAUAACGUUACUCUGGACAGGAUUUCUCGGCUGGAAUUGUUUAUAUACAGAUUACUGUGUACCGUGUGUUGUUCUCUAUAAUCUGUGUCAUUUGGUGUUUGGAGCGGCUGUCAGCAUGCCACGAAGCAAAAAGGGGAAACGCGGUGGGAACAGUUCGAGUAAGGGCUCACUUCGGCAGGAAGUGCUUCAGCUGCAGUUGUCAAAAACUGUCCUGUCACGUCCAGGGAGGAAUGGGGUGAGAGGCGAGUCUGGUGUGAGUGAUGAUGAUUUAGCGUCUGAUGUUCUCAGUCACUGCAGCAGCGCCAGUGAGAGCGCAUCUGUUGUAGAAGAGGGCACAGGUGAGGCAGUAGAUGAACAAACUGCUCAGGAAGAAACAGAAGACAAACUGAAGCAAUGCAUUGACAAUCUGAUGGACAAAAGUGCUAAGACCCGUCUGGCUGGAUUAGAAAGUCUGCGCUUGGCGUUUUCCUCCAGAGUCCUGUAUGAAUUCCUGUUAGAGAGACGUUUCACCAUUAGUGACUGUCUGGAGAGGAGCUUGAGGAAAGGUGGAGGAGAGGAGCAGGCGGCGGCUGCAACAGUGGGUGCUCUCUUGUGUGGGCAGCUCGGGGGUGGAGUCGAAGGUGAGGAGGGCUUCAAGAUGCUUCGCCCCAUCCUCAGCUCCAUCCUGAUUGACAGCUGUGCCAGCCUUUCAGCGCGACAGAGUUGCGCUCGAGCUCUAGGUAUUUGCUGCUAUGUCUCUGCCUCAGACGAUCCAGAGGACCUGAUAAAAUCUCUUGGACAUUUGGAGAGCGUGUUUGUGGCUGCAUAUCCCCUGGGUGAUAGCACUCUGCCCUCUGUCAAAGCUGGGACCCCUGCGCUCCACAGCGCCGCCCUACAGGCUUGGGCUCUGCUCUGCACCCUCUGCCCUGCGUCACGCAUCAACACCAUUCUCAACCACCACUUGCCACGUCUGCAUGCGUGUUUAGAAAGCAGUGAUGUGGACUUCAGGAUCGCUGUGGGAGAGACCAUUGCUCUGCUGUAUGAACUGGGCCGUGACAUCGAUCAGGAGUUCGAGUACGAGGACUGCGAUGCAUUGUGUGACAGUCUAAAGAGUCUAGCGACUGAUGGAAACAAACAUCGUGCUAAAAACGACCGCAGGAAACAGCGCUCAAUCUUCAGAGAGGUGCUGCACUACAUUGAGAAUGAAGAUUUCACAGAGGAGAAGAUCCAGUUUGGGAUUGAGGCCAUCUACAUUGAUGGCUGGAUGCGCCACAGGAUUUAUGAUGCCUUUAAGGAGGUGCUCGAGUCUGGAGUCAGACACCACCUACAAUUUAAUCCUUUGCUGAGGGAUAUUUUUGGACUUGGACCUCCUCUCAUCCUGGAUGCAUCUGUUAAAGCCAGCAGGAUCUCCCGCACAGAGAGGCAUCUGUUUAACUCUGCUGCGUUCAAAGCUCGGACUAAAUUGAGGAACAAAGUGAGGGACAAACGUGCCGAUGUGAUGUGAGGAUGAAGGCGACAAAGAGAGAGAAACACUACAUCCUUAAAAUCCCCUCAGCUCACUUGAAAUUAUAGUUUGACAUACUGCCAGGCCAGAGACUUGACAAAAUGUGCGCGCGACUGAUUGUAUGUCUGCCUGUGUGCAAGUGCGAAAGGCCGGGUGUGUGUAUGCGGUGUUUUUAUUUAACAUCACAGUGUGUGAUAGCUAGGAAUCCUGCAAUUAAACUAAACAUGAAAUAUUGUACCUUUGUAACAACCUUUUGUAAGGCUGUAUUAAGCUUUUCUGUUGAAACCUGUUUUACCACCUCAAGAGUUAUUGGGGAAGAAAUUAUUUUUAUCAUAAACACUUUUCACAAACUUUUUACCGUUCUGCAACAAAGAAAGAGGCCAAGAAAAAUGAAUUAUUUGUAGUUUUUCUAUAUGCAUUUUAUAAACGGACUAUGCUGAUGCACCUAUAUUCUCAUGAUGCAAACAAUUGAAAAUGCAUCUUGGACUGCAGGUUUCCUGAGUUAGUGUAGACGUUUUGUUAAACCUUUCUCACUGCCACUAAAUCAUCUGUUUUACAUCAUA